AUGGAGGGUUUGUUCUUCAAUGUCAACAAUGGCUACGUCGAAGGCAUCGUCCGAGGCUACCGCAAUGGCCUUCUCACCGGCGCAGCCUACAAUAAUCUGACGCAGUGCGAAACUAUCGAUGACCUCAAGCUUCAACUUGGUCCUGCCUAUGGUGACUUUCUUGCGUCCCUGCCGCCCAACCCGUCAACAUCUAGCCUUGCCGCAAAGACAACCGACAAACUUGUCUCUGAAUUUCGCUAUCUCCGAGCCAAUGCUGUUGGCUCACUUGCAAAGUUCAUGGACUACCUCACCUACGGCUACAUGGUUGACAAUGUUGCCCUUCUCAUUACUGGUACUCUUCACGAGCGAGACACCCGCGAGUUGUUGGACAGAUGUCACCCCUUGGGAUGGUUCGAGACCAUGCCCGUUCUUUGUGUUGCCACGAAUAUCGAGGAACUGUAUAAUAGUGUCUUGAUCGAGACUCCUCUUGCGGCCUACUUCAAGGGUAGCUUGAGCCACCAAGACCUUGACGAGCUCAACAUUGAGAUUGUACGAAACACUCUAUAUAAGAACUACCUUGAGGAUUUCUACCACUUUGUCAACUCACAUCCUGACAUGGCUGGCACGCCAACAGCAGAGGUCAUGUCGGAGAUCCUGGAGUUCGAGGCCGACCGAAGAGCCAUCAACAUUACCCUCAACUCAUUUGGCACUGAGCUGUCCAAGGCAGACCGCAAGAAACUUUACCCCAAUUUUGGGAGGCUGUACCCAGAGGGCACUCUGAUGCUCUCUCGUGCAGAUGACCCCGAGGGUGUUCGCCUGGCUGUCGACGGUGUUCAUGACUACAAGACGUUCCUUGAGGCUGCCUCCCUCGGCGGCUCAUCUGGACCUGGUAAUAUGGGUGGCGGUUCUUCUGAUGGCAAGACAUUAGAAGACAUGUUUUAUCAGAAAGAGAUGGAAAUCUCAAAGAGUGCUUUCACCAGGCAGUUCACUUAUGCCAUUGUCUAUGCGUGGGUCCGACUUCGAGAACAGGAAAUCCGAAAUAUUACAUGGAUCGCCGAGUGCAUAGCCCAAAACCAGAAGGAUCGCAUCGGCAACUUUAUUAGCGUGUUUUGA